AUGGCUGAUUUCUUUAACAUUGUACCACCACAAAACUUGCUAAUAGAUUCAAAGGGUAAUCUCAAAGUCUCUGACUUUGGACUAAGUGCAGUACCUAAAUCAGGGGAUAUGCUCUCUACAGCUUGUGGAUCUCCAUGCUAUAUAGCACCUGAGCUGAUAAUGAACAAAGGGUACUCAGGAGCAGCAGUGGACGUGUGGUCUUGUGGGGUGAUUCUAUUCGAGUUGCUUGCUGGUUACCCACCGUUCGAUGAUCAUACUCUUCCUGUCUUGUAUAAGAAGAUACUCAGAGCAGAUUACACGUUCCCACCUGGUUUCACUGGAGAGCAGAAGAGGCUAAUCUUUAACAUUCUUGACCCAAAUCCUCAAACGCGUAUAACACUAGCUGAGAUUAUCAUCCAAGAUUCUUGGUUCAAGUUAGGUUAUACACCAGCUUAUCAUCAAGUUUCAGACUCAGUCAAGGAGAAUGUAGCGGAGAUAAAUGCAGCAACCGCGUCUUCAAAUUUUAUAAACGCUUUUCAGAUAAUAGCAAUGUCUAGUGAUCUAGAUUUGUCAGGUCUCUUCGAAGAACAAGAUGAUAAGAGAUAUAAAACAAGAAUUGGGUCCAAGAACACAGUACAAGAAACAAUCAAGAAGAUUGAAGCUGCUGCAAUUGAUGUUAGUUUAUCGGUUGAAAGAAUAAAGCACUUCAAGGUUAAGAUUCAGCCAAAAGAGAUAAGAUCAAGAUCUUCUUAUGACUUACUAUCAGCAGAGGUGAUCGAGGUGACUCCAACCAAUUGUGUAAUAGAAAUAUCAAAAUCCGCAGGGGAGUUAAGACUAUACAUGGAGUUUUGCCAGAGUUUAUCCAGCUUACUUACAGCCGAAGUAGGCUAAGAGUCCAUAGAUUGUCAAGAAAAGUGAUGUGACAUAGAUGAUGAAUAUACGAAGCAAAUAAAGCAUAUUUUACUGAUUCAAGUUGCAGUGACAUGAAGACAGUGAAGAGGUUGGAUUGAAAAAGUAAUUCAUGUCUUGUGGUGAUCCCAAAGGGUUCUCUUUCCAAAAAGAAAAACGGCUUCUCAUUCAGGGUGUAAAAUGAUGUAUUUGUUAUAAAUUAAGCAUUGAAAUGA